AUGGGGAUUAAGGGUCAAGAAAAAGAAAAACUCAUGGUGAACAAUGAGAAAGGACUUUUAGUUCUAUUUCUUUCUUUUUUCUUUCUUCAGUUUCACUUCUUUCUUUCUCUAGUUUUCUUUCUUUCCUUUUCUUCAGUUGUACUACUUUCAUUUUUUAUUCAGUUUUCCUUUCUUUCUUUUUUUUUCAGUUCUACUUCUUUUUCUUCCAUUCUAUGGCUUUCUUUCAUUUUCUUCAGUUCUAUUUCUUUCUUUUUUCUUAUUUUCUUUCUUUCUUUUUUCUUCAGUUCUACUUUUUCAUUUUUUAUUCAGUUCUUUCUUUUUUCUUCAGUUGUACUUUUUUCAUUUUUUUCUUCAAUUCUACCUCUUUCAUUUUUUCUUCAGUUUUACUUCUUCCUUCCUUUUUCUUCAGUUGUACUUCUUUCAUUUUUUCUUCAAUUCUACUUUUUCAUUUUUUCUUCAGUUCAUUUUUUUUUCUUCAGUUCUACUUCUUUCAUUUUUUUCUUCAAUUCUAACUCUUUCAUUUUUUCUUCAGUUCUACUUCUUCCUUCCUUUUUAUUCAAUUCUACUUCUUCCUUCCUUUUUAUUCAAUUCUACUUCUUUCUUUCUUUCUUUUGUAAUGUAAAAACCAACAAAAAAGUUUCACUUUUUCACUGGUAA